AUGCCGCUCGCGCCACACGUGCAGCAGCCUCUCGGCGAGCUGCUCAACGCGCUGUACCACCUCGAGACGUCGGCCGGUGGCGGCAUGAAGCGCGCCUACUCGGCCAUCUUCCAGGACCUCCCCGACCGCGGCGAGUACCCGGACUACUACCUCGUCAUCAAGGAGCCCCGGUGCCUCAACGGGAUCUUCGAGAGCCUCCAGCGCGGCAGCUACUCGUCGCCGCAAGCUGUCGCCUACGACCUCUUCCUCAUCUGGUCCAAUGCCCGCGAGUACAACGAGCAGGGCAGCAUGGUCUACGCCGACGCCGACAAGCUCGAGGGCUACAUGGAGCGCCUAUGGCGAGAGCGAGCCCCUCCUCUUCCUCCCUUCGAGUCGCUCCCCCGACCUGGCUCGCUUCCCGCGCCUCAACCCGCCGCACCCGACGCCGAGCGCAAGCCCAAGCGCAUCAAGCUCACGGGCGCACUCGCUGGAGGGCCCUCGACGCCCUCGCCCGGCCUCGUCCCGCCGGGCGCCGUCAAGCACCGCAACGGCCCGUCCGCCUCGCCUGCUCCGGCCUCGGCAACGCCCAGCCUCACGCUCAAGCUCGGCGGCAGCCGUGCUCCCCCCACCCCGGCACCUCCUCCUCCUCUGCCCAACCUCCCGAGCAUGCCGUCCCUCCCGUCAACCGCCAUGCCCGACCUGCCCGUCGCCUCGACCUCGGCGGCCGGCCCGGCCUCGCGCGAUAUCUCGGUCGCGCCGGUCCCCGGCGCACAUGAAGGUGGAGCAGAGGGUGAGGAAGGCGCGGCUGGGACGCCGGGUCCAUCCUUGCCGACAAUCGGCGACGUCGAGUCGGGCUGGAUGUCUGGCGACGUGGGCCCGAACCCGACCCAGGCGUACCUCGACAUCCUCGACAAGAUUCGCAAGUACACGGACGCGACUGGACGACCACUCGCGACGCCGCUCAUCGACGUCCCGGACCGUGCCGCUCGACCCGACUACUACCAGCUCGUCGACCGCCCGCUCUCGCUCAACAGCAUCGAGGCGAACGUCCACGCGGGCGUCUACGGCUCGCCCGAGGCGUUCGACCAGGACCUGCACCACCUGUUCUCGAUCGCCAAGCUCUUCAUUCGGCCCGACUCGCCCGGGACCGUCUACAGCGACCUCAUGGUGCUGCAGCGUCUCUACCAGGAGCUCACGAAGCAGGUCAGCCCGUCGGUGCGCUCGGCCGUCAUCGACGACGCCGCCGCGCUCGCGUCGGUCGGGGCGGGUCCUGGCAACGUGCAGCACGCCAAGGGCGACGAGUCGGCCGUCGGGACCGACUUCAAGAGCCGCGCGACGACGCGGCCGACGACCAAGGACAAGGUGUUCCUCGACGGCAUCAACUUCAAGGGCGACUUUCUCAAGACGGGCGACUGGGUCCACCUCCUCAACCCCGACAACCCGGGCAAGCCCAUCAUCGCCCAGAUCUGGAAGACGUACAAGCGUCCCGACUCGGCUCAGCGCUGUCUCUCCGUCUGCUGGUACUACCGCCCCGAGGAGACGGUGCACCCGGCUUCGCGCACUUUCUACGAGAACGAGGUGUUCAAGACGGGCGUCUUUGUCGACCACGUCGUCGAGGACUUUGCCGACCGCUGCUUCGUCAUGUUCUUCACCAAGUACACUCGCGGCCGCCCUCGAGCCCCGGCUUGGACGCCCGCCAUGCCGCUGUACGUGUGCGAGUUCCGGUACAAGGACGACGUCAAGGCGUUCAAGAAGAUCAAGAGCUGGUCGUCGUGCGUGCCCGAGGAGAUGCGCAAGCACGAGUACGAGUUCGAGCCGUACCCGGACGACCGCGUCGACACGCUGCACAAGAUCAAGAGCCCGUUCGUCCGGGGCGUCGCGGGCCCUGGUCGGCUCGACGUCGGUGGCGGCGCAGGUGGUGGAGGUGGCGCAGCAGGUGCGGCGGCGGGCGCGGCGGCGAACCCGACGUACCACUUUUCGCAGGACGGCAAGCCGGCGACGGCGCAGGAGGUGCAGGACGAGGGACACGCUCGCGACCUCGUCGUCGGCGGCGGCGACAGCAUGCAGGUCGACCCGAGCAGCGGCUCGCUCGCCGUCGACGCUGCGCUCGCCUCGUUCGGCGGCCCGCAGCAGCAGCAGCCGAUGAUGGCGGGCGGCGGCCCGAGCGCGUCCGACCUGUCGACGAGCGCGGCGCUCGCCGCCCUCUCGUCGUCGCUCGACAUCCUGCCCGGCUCGACGUCGGGCACGGCGUCGACGCCGACUGUCGAGCUCGCGAGCGCGCCUGCCGCAGCGCCGACGCCGGCUGAGCUCGCCGCGGCCAACGAGGCGUUCUCGCCUCUGCCUCCCUCGAUCGCGUCCAAGUUCCGCUCCGACACGUUCGGCGACGUCCUCUGGUUCACGGCGCCCGGCGCCACCCCGCCAGCCUCGAGCGCCGCUCCCGAUGCAGGCGCGACGCACUCGCUCGAGUACCUGUACUGGCGCGCGAUGCAGAAGCGCGAGACCGAGGGCGCUGCGGCGGCUUGAGGAGGUUUCUCGAGCGCGACGCGAGAGAGAGAAAGGAAGGGUUGCAAAGACGAUUCGAGUUGCACGGUG